GGAGAGGGGGUUGCGUGCUGCGAGACACGAAAAUUGGGUCAUGUGACCAAGCCGGACCACUGAGAGCUCGAGCACUGCUGGGCGGGAGAAGUUCAUUCCUGGUCUAUCUAACGGCUCAGAUGGCGAUGCAGAAAAUGGCUGGACGAGGAGUGUCGUGGAGGGAGAGGGAGACACUGGAUCUCAUCGACUUCUGGGGAGAGGAGAAGGUCCAGGAGUCACUGUCAAUGUGCCACAGAAACAUAGACGUCUUCGAAAAGAUCGCGGAGCAGAUGGCGGCAAGAGGGCACAAGCGCACGGCUUUGGAAUGUCGGACGAAGACCAAAGCGAUGCGCCAAGAAUACAAACGAGUGGUGGCACACAACUCCAAAUCCGGAAAUGCACCCACAACGUGCCCAUAUUAUGCCCAGCUACAUCGUAUCUUCAGGGGCGAUGCCAGCAUCAGGCCACAACGGGUGGCCAGAAGCCUCUCCCUUCCGCGCGCCGACACUCCGAGACCAGUUCAAUUUGAGGGGUCCGAGGAACUGUUUAGCCACCCGAUGGUGACCCUGAAUCUACAAUCUGUGGAUGUCACAGCAAACGAUCAAGAUUUAUUCCGUGAAAAACAACUCAAGCAGAAGCGACCCUGAAGUCACAGUAAUCAACAAGUUUGGACAUGCACCGGUGACAUUAGAUGUGUGGGAACCUGUUAUCCUGUGACAUCGUCAAGCCACUUGGGAGUUCACAUCACUGGACAAUACAUGU